UGUGUUUCGAACAGUCUUCGAAAGCGCGCGCGCGCGUGUUUAUGCGUUCCAUCGCGUGGCGUGUAAGGACCGAUUCUCGGACAUCGCACACCUGUUAACCCCCUAUUCCACCUGUCGAAAGAGGAACGUAGAGGAGCGAAUAGUGAGAAUAUGUAUCAGAGGGAAAUUGCAUGGAGAGUUUAGAAAAAUGAUAAACUAAUGAAAACAGAUUUGGUACAGCGUGGUAACAUUGAUUCACUGAACUGCAUGAAGACGAUGUCGACCCAGAGCGAGCAUGCGUUCGGUGGAGUUGCAUUCGGGGGAUUCCCUUUCAGCAACGAAUAUCUGCUUCGUCAUGGCAACUUCUUCGUCAAACCAUCUCUGCAUCCUGAAGGAUUUGUGUUCCCGGCUCUCACGGAGCAAGAACGGAGUCUCGUGUACCGGGAUCGUUGCGUUGCUGAGGAUAGGCCCCUGGACUUUGCUAAAGUCAAAUUGGAGAAACCGACCACGCCUCCUGUGUCACCCGUUCCGUCUAUGGAUGAAACACAGAUUAUAAAUGGUCAUUCAAAGAACAGCACGUGGAUUCUUGGAAAACAGAAGUUGAGCUGGGAUAAUUCAACAGUUGCAAGCUAUAACCCUGAGACAAAAAUGUUUCGUUGUGUGGUUUGCAACGCAGUCGGAUUCUUAUCUCGCAUCGCCGAGCACUAUUUGGGAACUCAUACAAGUGCCAAAGUGUUCCAGUGCUUACACUGCCCAUACAGCAGCACGUGGUCGAGGUGUGUUCGAAUGCAUAUGGCCAAACACCACGGGGUACCGAACGCCCCACCAUCUCUCUGGAAAGGUCAGCCUCUUCUGGAGGAGAUAUUCCAGCUUUUAACCCAUCUGAAAACAACCGUCGACAGUCAAGGAAGGGAAAGACUUGAUCCAGAAGUCUGUGAGAAGAAAUUUGUCUGCCCAAAGUGCCCAUAUACAACAGAUCGGCGAGAUUUGUACGUCAGGCACGAAAAUAUACAUAAGGAAGAUAAGCCCUACCACUGUUACGUCUGCUUUAAGCUGUUCAACCGUGCUGAUCAUGUCAAGAAACACUUCCUCAGAAUCCACAGAGGUCAUCCUUAUGACAUAAGUCUUGUCAGACGAAGACCUCCGAGGUGCUCUUCUUCAGCCAGUACCAAUUUUUCUGUAGAUAAACUUCUCUCGACCAGUCCUGAUGAGAAGCUUUGCAAAAGUGGAAGCCCGAGUCCUGUUGGAAAGAUGAUCUCGACAAGCAAAAUGGAUUUGCUACUGAAAGAAAAUGGCGUAAGCUGUAGGGACAACUUGGCUGCAAGUCCCGAAGACAAACAAGAUUAUCAAGGACCAGAAGAUGUUAUAGACUUGAGCAGCAAGAAAGCGGAUUCUAAUGAACGGAAAGCAUUCAAGUGCUCUUACUGCCCAUGGGAAGGUAUUGAUGGAUGGUGCCUCCGUCGUCACUUAAACGUGCAUUUGAAGAAUUAUCAGUGUCCACUUUGUGAAUUCAAAGCUGGGAAAGAUGAAAGACUGUUCACCCAUGUUUAUAAAACGCAUCGAAAGCUUGUGUGUACCAAGUGCAAGUAUAUUACUGAUCAUGCUCAAGAAUUCGAAGCUCACAUGAAGGAUUGUUGCAUUGACAUUUUGGCUGGUAACCAAUCCGAUAAGAACUCCGAAGACAGCGGACACAACGAGAGUGAUGAAGCCGACUUCAAAUCCAGCCCCAAGAUCGACGUCCCAUCCUCAGACUUCCAGUUCGAUCCACCCCUGGAUGUGAAAGGAUCCGUCAGUCUCCUCCCUUUACACAACAGCAUAUCGUACUGCUUUCCCGGAGCCCCGAUUCCGCCAUACCUUGGGAUCAACGGAUUCAAUGAACUGAAGGGGACACCUGUUGAAUCCAUGCCUAGUGUCUCCGAAAAGUUGCCAUCUUCCCAUUGCAAAGUGGAAUUUAAGCCCGAACUUGCAUCGCCUGUACAGAGCUCGAGUGACAGUGGCGUGGCUGACAUAACCAGUGAUAAUAUCGACCAAGACUUCACCUGCUGGCACUGUGGUUGCGAAUUUGCUAACAUGGACUCACUCAAGAUCCACACUGAGAUAUAUCACCGCGAAGACCAGGGAGAACACAAAAAAUCCGAACACCCAGCUAAGAGGAAAAAAUUCUGCUGCGCCAUUUGCAACUUCAACAGCGACAAACAACGAACUAUCAUGGAGCACAUGCGCUUUCAUACAGGCGAAGUUCUCUCUUGUCGUGCUUGUGCCUUUACCACAGUUUGUGAUUCCACGUUAGAGAAACACGUCGAGACCAACCACGCGGACAACAGCAACAGGUGUCCUCAUUGUGCAUUCCUGUCCACCGACAAAGUCACAUUCAUUAGACACUAUAGGAAGUGCCACCAUUCCAAGUCAUGCAGUCGAUGCAGAGAGAUCAAACACCGAUUGGACAAAACCAAGAAUGGUCAGAUGUUGCCAUCCGUUCUCGAAGCACCCAGUCAGGGUUUGAUUCGUCCCUAUUUGCAUCACAAUCCGUAUUCCAGAAAAGCCAGCUCUAUCGUGCCCUAUUCCCAUUGUAAUGCUGCCAUGUCCAAAGUAGCAGUUGCCAUUCCUCAGUCACUGCAAUCAGCUGUUAUUGAAAGCUUGUCCUCCUCUCAGCUAAGCCAUGAACACAAAUCCCGUAAACAGUCGACCCCAAGGAAACUCUUCCAACUUCCCAAGGUAUCCACGACCAACCCUGCAUCAGCGAUAAAAACUUCUGGAGUAAGUUUAAACUCUCGCUUCUGUGAUAUAAUUAAAAAUGUAAGGCAACGAAAGGUCAAGAGGCCUUUUGCAGAAAAGUACAGGAGAAUAAUGCUCAAAAGAUGCACAAAUAUUUCUGUUAAAAGUUGUCGUAUUGGUCACACAAAUUCGUUGUUGUUCAACAAUAACAUCAAUUUUAUUCGCCACUUGUAUUGGUGCCAUUUUGCCAGAAGACAUCGAUGUUUCAAGUGUGGCAUCAGAUUUCAACACGUCUACCAGGUUUUACUGCAUCGCAGGAGAUACCACGAAGGUUAA